AUGUUGGGCUUGCUUUGGAAACCACUGCAGUUCAUCACUUGCGUUCUCGUUCCCCUGCAGAUCACGGUGGAGACGAUCUCACUAUCGAAGGACUGGCCUUUCCCCAUUUUGAAAACUGCAUCCUAUGCUUUACAACAACAGACUGAAAAGCUGGCACUUCACAUGAUGUUGCUGAAAUAUUGGUCCCUUUACGGUAUUGUGUACUUGAUAUUACCCAACUCACCAUUCUAUUUUGUGCUAGACAUCCUGCCCUUCUUACCACUAAUUUUGACGGUAUGCGGGGUAUUGGCCAUGAGGGAACUGGUAGAGCAGUUCAUUAGGUUCAUACAAGAGCAGGAUAAGAUCAUUUCGGUGAUGCAAAACCUGAAUGACCCAAAGGCAUCCACUUUUGAAAUGCUUUCGAAUCUGUACUACACAACGAUAAAUUUGAACAAUCAGGAGCUAAUCACCACGACUUUCUUCUUCGGUGACUUGACAAAGUUGCUUUUGAGUCUGAGCAAGGCAAUACCAUUCCCAUCGACAACAUACUUAAACCAGUGGUUUGCCAACAUCGAAUGGAUAAGCAACGCCGUCAAGAUGUAUUUUAAAGAGCAGCAGAAUGCUCAGCAACAAUAUGACACUGGGAAUUCAACGGGGACCAGAGGUUUCUAUUCUGCGUUCUGGUCCAAGUCUGGAACGAAUAACUGCGCAGGGUCCGGGAGUUCCUUCCGAAGAUCAUCGUCGGCCAGUAACCCCGCGAAACCAAGACCCACGGGCACUAAAUCGACAGAAAUUUCAGAGGAUUACGAUUUGAUGGACGAUGCACUCGAUUGA